AUCAGACUGUGUAAGAUAAACCUUGCAAUAAGAUUGUAGAAUUUCCGUCCUGCAAUCUGACCAGGAUUUGGAACUUUCACCUUACGAAAGGAUGUUUCUUUUGCCAAGUCUGAGAAUCUUCUAUUUACUCUUGGUGGUUUUAAUAGGGUGUUCCUGUCAGCAGUGCACGGAAGGCAUCAAGUACACAGACGCAAUACUUCCCAAUUUAGAAACAACUAAAAUUAUGCGGGUCCCGCGUGCUGCGUCCAUGUCAGAUUGCCUGGCAGCCUGUUGCGAUCUUUCAGAUUGCGACCUGGCCUGGAUGUUUGAGCGGCAUUGCUACGUGGUCAGUUGCCAACCUAAAGGAAAUUGUGAGCCCAAGAAAAUGGAGAAGGUGAAGUCCUAUCUGACCUUCGUGGUCAGAGCUCCCCAGAGACCAGCCACUUUGCUCGGAUACGGGCAGGUGCCAUCCAAUGUGAUCCGCUCCAUGGCAUUGACAAGUGACCCCUCUGAGGAAAUUGGUAGCCUGAAGGAGAUCUCCUUCCUCAGCAAAGAGCACAGUCUUGAGGACUAUGCCAGCGAAUAUGGUGAGAUGGAUCAGAAUCCUUUUCAACUUGGCCUCAAGCCUGAGGAGAAGGAGGCCAUUAACUAUGCCGAUUGGGGAUCAGUGGUGACCACUGAAAACAGCUUCAAUUCUUCAGGGCUCAGUAAUGGAGACAAACAGGAAGAAGUCCCUCAAAACGAGGAAGUUUAUUUGGGAAGCUCUUCAAAUGUAAACACCUCUGAACGUAUUCCUACCACUGAACAUCCUGAAAAGUUGACAGAUGUUUUGGGCUUGCUGGAUCAAUCUGCAAAUGAUUUUGAUUUUCAUCCAACUAAAAAUGAAGUGAACAGAAGCUGGGAGGAGGAGGUUGUAACACCUCCCCAUAAUCCUCCUUCUUCAGGAAUUCUGGGAUUUUUCUCCACUAUCCCAGCACAUACUGAAGUGUCCAACACAGAUAAUUUCAUAAAAACUAAACCCACAAUAUUUCCCACCAGUGCUCAUAGCACUGCAUGUUGUGCGACAGGUGAAGUUACAUUUUCCACAACGAUCCCAAAAACAGAAUCAGACUAUAUUUACGAAUGGAGCUUGAUGAGUUACCCUGACAGCUACGAUGGUGAAAUGAAGGAUAAGCACACACCAACUCUCAGACUUUCUCAACUGCCAGAAGGUGCCUAUGUCUUCAGAGUGACUGUUUCUGCUGAAAAUGCAUUUGGAGAAGGAUUUGUAAAUGUUUCUGUCCAACCAGCAAUCCGAAUAAAUCAACCCCCUGUUGCUAUUGUCUCUCCCAAAGUACAGGAGAUUUCUUAUCCUAUUACUUCUACCUUCAUUGAUGGAAAUCAAAGUGUAGAUGAUACUAAAAUUGUGAGUUACCACUGGGAAGAAGUUGAGGGUCCCUUGCGGGAAAAGAAGGCAUCAGCUGAUACACCUGUUUUAUACCUCUCUAAUCUUAUUCCUGGCAAUUACACUUUCAGGCUAAUUGUCACCGAUUCUGAUGGAGCAGUUAACUCCACAUUAGCUUCCUUGAGAGUCAACAAACUAUUGGAUUCUCCUCCUGUUGCCAGGGCUGGACCAGAUCAGGAAAUUAGUUUGCCUCAAAAUUCAGUCACAUUAAAUGGAAACCAGAGUAAAGAUGAUCAUGAAAUUGUCAGCUACGAGUGGUCCCUGAGUCCCAAAAGUAAAAGCACAAUGGUAGCCAUGCAGGGUGUAAGGAGUCCAUAUCUUCAACUGUCUGCAAUGCAAGAGGGAGAAUAUAUAUUCCAGCUGACAGUAAUGGAUUCUGCAGAUCAGAAGUCAACCGCUGAAGUCACAGUAAUAGUCUGGCCCGGGCAAAACAAGCCUCCUUCAGCCAUGACUGGCCCUGAUAAAGUAUUGACCUUUCCUAUCCGGAGCACGAAUCUCGAUGGGAGCAUGAGCACUGAUGACUUAGGGAUUGUUUACUAUCACUGGGAGAAGAUCAGUGGGCCAAGUUCUCUGCAUAUGGAGAAUGCUGAUAGCGCCGUGGCGACUGUCUCAGAUCUACAAAUUGGAACCUAUCAUUUCAGACUGACCGUAAGAGAUGAUCAAGGGCUGAGCAGCACUGCCACAUUUUCUGUGAUUGUUCAGGAGGGCAGCAACUCUGCACCAAAGGCCCUUGCAGGGGGCAAGCAUAUCCUUGUUCUCCCCAAUAACUCCAUUGCUUUGGAUGGAUCUCAUUCUGUUGAUGACCAAAGAAUUGUGUCUUAUCUUUGGAUCCGGGAUGGCCAGAGUCCAGCAGCUGGAGAUGUGAUUCUUGGCUCCAACUGUGAGGCUGUCUUACAGCUAACCAAUCUUGUAGAGGGGAACUACAUGUUUCAUUUGAAAGUCACUGAUGCCAAAGGAAAUUCAGACAUCGACACAGCUGUUGUGGAAGUAUGGCCAGACCCAAAGAAAAAUGGGCUUGUGGAAUUGAUCUUGCAAGUUGAAGUUGGUCAACUGACUGAACAACAGAAAGAUACCCUCAUACAACAGCUAGCAGCACUCCUGGAUGUCUUACAUACAGAGAUUAAUAUCCAAAAGAUACAUGCUUAUUCUGAUAUCAGCACUGCUAUUGUGUUCUAUGUUCAGAAUGGGCACCCUUACAAAAUCAUCAAGGCAUCAGAUGUCGCCCAAGUGCUGCGCCUGCAACUCUUGAAGGAAAAACCAGAUUUUCUACUUUUUAAAGUGCUUCGUGUUGAUACAGCUGCGUGCCUCUUAAAAUGUUCUGGACAUGGAAGCUGUGACCCCAUCACAAAGCAUUGUAUUUGCUAUCAAAUGUGGAUGGAAAAUUUGAUACAGCGAUACCUAAGUGGUGGGGAGAGCAAUUGUGAAUGGAGUAUACUCUAUGUAUCAGCAUCUGCUUUCGUUGGAAUUGCAUUAGUGGUAGGGUUAAUUUGGCUUUGCAUCUGCUGUUGUAAAAGCCAAAAGAGGACCAAAAUAAGAAAGAAAAUGAAAUAUACAAUUUUGGACAACAUAGAUGAUCAGGAAAGAAUGGAGCUCAGGCCCAAAUAUGGUAUAAAACACAGAAGUACUGAACACAAUUCCAGUUUGAUGGUUUCAGAAUCUGAGUUUGAGAGUGACCAGGAUACCAUAUUUAGCAGAGAGAAGAUUGAAAGAGAAAACUCAAGAAACCUCAUGAAUAGUGACAUGAAAAAUGGAGUCUCCUUCAGCUACAGCUCAAAGGAUAGAUAAAUGGAUGCACUGUUUUGUUUGGGAAAUGGUACUUUAGUGCACUGAAGACUGGACAAGUCUCUAUUUUCCUAAAGUCCGAAAAGGAAAGACAGACUCAUAAAUUUCCAGCAUGGCAAAGGAAGAAUGCCAUGGAUAUUUUGCUCUGUUCUUCAAGCAGUAGCUUUUGCCAGCGUUUUUCAAGCCUGUUUAAUAGAGAUGGCAUUUACAUAUGUCUCAUGGAGAUCUAAAAAUUUACAAUUAAAAUCUUAGCCAAGGCUAUUAUGUUACAAGAUCAUAGAGGAAAACUUCAUUAUGCUGUAUUAGUCUUCUUACAACAGAGUGACUUUGUCUAUAUAGGAAGCCACUUCUGUCAAUAAUGGGAAUUUAUCAGAGUUAUUAAAACUGACAUGUAGACAAAACAUUUCUCUUAACUUUUCUUUGCUAAAUAAAUGAGAGGGUAUGAGUGCAGGAAUGAAAUCGUGUUUAGAUUUAUGACAGGUUGAGAACUGGCCCUGCCUUGCUUGAAUUUAGGAAAGUAAAAUAGUUGCUAAAUAAAACAUACCAAUACUGAUUAGCAGUAAUAGUGCAAAAUAAGAUGAAUAUAUGGAAGGAAUAUAUAUUCAGAUAUGAAUAUGUUUUGGAGGGAAUAAAAACCUUGCUCCUUGUCAACCUCUGUGGGAGUGAGCACAAGGCUCAUUUUAUUCCCCGUUGGAUGCAACAAUUGGAAAACUCCAGUGUCAAACUAUCAUUCUGUGGCAUAAUCUUCUUGGAUCACUGUUGGCAUUUUCUUCAAGUUGAAUCCUCUUCUAGAAAGCUAGAUCUAGAUUAAAGACUGUUCUGGCUGUUCAGAAAAACAGCCAGAGCAAUACAAAUACAAAGAUGUUUCCUGAGCUGUUACUCAAGAUUUCUAAAUAUGUAUACUUUGUUCUAUCUAGAGGCUCAGUAAAAUAUAAUCUAGGAUAAUAAUCUAGUCUUUUCCUUAAGUGGUUAUCAUAAAAAUGCUCUAACUUUAUAAGGUUUGAAUUAGCUGAUGAAUAAUUUCUUAGGCAUUGUAUCAUGUACUCUAAAGUUGUAUGAAAUUACUUACAUAAAUAGGAUGAUUAUACAUGAAGCCAAUAGUGGAUGCAUGUAAAUUCUGUACAUAAACAAGAUUACGUGCCAGGUGUUUUAUUGGAUAUGAAUAAUGAUGAACAGAGAAGUAUCUUAAAUGCAUCUGUUGACCAAUAAAAGAAUACAUCUCAAGCAAAAAAAAGGAAGGAAGGAAGAAAAGAGAGAGAAGAUUGAACAAUUCUUCACAUUAAGGGAUCACAGAUAUUAUAUGUAACCGCAAUUUCCUCAAAAUCAAGAUGAGCUAUAGGAACCUCCAGACUGGAUCAAUUAAACUUUGUAACUGGAAGGCUUACAGAAACAAUUUUACCAUCAACAUCUGUUCUAAUAAAAGUGUGUAGUUCAGCCCUCCUACUUUUUUCCCCUCUGUGGUUUAUGAGAACAUAACAAAGAAGAAAUAGUAUUGCAAAUCAAAUUUGACAAUAAAUGUAAAUGUCCAACUUUUUUAUUACAUUAGCAAUUCUUUGUUAACCCCCAUAUCUGGCAAACAAAAAUGUAGGGAAAAGGUUGAUUAGGUAAUAACAACAUUUAAGUGCUCCCUUAUAUGAAUGUAAACAUAUAUAGCAUUUUUAAUGAUAAAUUUAAAAGUAAAAAUCAGAUACAUUAUCAAACUGAUCCAACAUUUGAGACAUUUCCUUGAAAUUAAAAUAUAUAAUAGAUCAUUAUAUUAUUCAUUUGUGCUAUAAUCAAAUAGUUUGAAAUGUCUUCCAUACCCCAAAUGGCACAAUAUUUUAUUUAUGAAAUAUUCUAUUUGCUAACAUAUGCAUCAAACAUACUUGGCUUCUACUCUUUUUUAAGGAAAGAGUAAGGAUGUUACAAAUGGUUCUUUUUUGGAACUGCCACAAUCUGAAUGUUUCUAGUUCUAGUGUUAAGAAAAAAAUAACACACAGUAGUGAAAGUGAUGAUUUAAAACAAGCAUUCUGUAUAAUCAAAGUUUGUGCUGUUCACGAGACUAUGCAUCAGAGAUGGUAUUCUACUGGUUUUCACUGGAUUGCCCGAACCAGUAAUGGAUGGUGGCUCCGCACACUGGCGCCCGCCUCUAUGGCAUCUCAUUUAGGCCUUUUUUUCAUCAAAAGUGCAUGCAUGGAAGGAUCUGCGCAUGCAUGGAAGAAUCUCCGCAUGCGCAGAAGUGGCACGUGCGCUCACAUUUGUGAACCAAUAGGGAAAGUAAGUGUAUACCACCCCUGCUAUGCAGACCAAUUUUGAAACCUAGUGUUGACUUUCGAAAGCAGAUGUUAUAUAGCAGAGGGGUUUAAGGUCCAAGGAGAAACACUUUUAACUGCUUCCCCCAAAAGCAUGGAACAAAAAAGGAAUACAACAUUUCAAUUGCAAUUUGGACAUAUAAAGUGCACAUUCAGUUUAAUGCAGCACUGUGUCAGUUUCAGCCCAAUUUUCCCAUCUCAUUUAAAAAACAAUAAAUGUAUUUAUUACAAAAGAGAAUAAUAAACCACUCAAGUUAAUUCUGCAGGAACCAAAUGAUUCAUCCAUAGGACACUGACAAAUUUCCUAUAGCAGUCCUACGGAUCUUUUUUUUUUUUUUAAGAGAGCUCAUGAACACAUAUCAAUGAAAUCUAACUACUUAUGUAGUUAUUGGUCCCCAGCAGAUCAGAAUGAAUUUAUUAUGUAUAUUAAUAUUUAUCGUUAUAAUUUGUCUUCGUUACACUGUCUCAUAAAAUCUACAAUUUUUCUGCCAAAUCAAGAGUCUCUGAACACUGUGUACAUUAUAGUUUGGCAGGAAUUAUUACUGCCCAUUAAUCUGUGCUACUGCAAAGCUUAAUCACCGGCUAUAAAUUGCAAAUCUCUUCUUAAAUAAGUCUAGUCCUAUUGACCAAUAGGAUAUUAGAAAUGAAUAUAUAUCCACAAGGACCCCUAUAUUUCAGACAACAGCUGA